UCAGCCUCUCCAUAAGGUCGUGUGCGCCUUUAUCCAUUGCCUUCUUUAUAGUUGCCACAUGUACGAGAACGUCGUCCUUUAUAACUAUUUUUUAACAUUGCAUUAUUCAUAUUUAAACGACUUAUUACCAUAAUGCGCCGUUUUUUAGCCUUCUGAUUGGUCGAAGUUGUCCUUGUCAAGGUCAUUUGUCCGUUCGCCAGGUAGUUACGGUUACCACACGGUUUCAUUAUCACUCGGUCGUGUUUGCAGUGCUUUGCGCAGCAUAUGUGAACUUCAAAAUCCUCAGCUCGAACUUAAUGUAUUAUAUCGUAAGGUUAAGAUAGAGAAGAGUGUGGGGGAAUAUGACACUGCAGCAUCUCUUUGCUUACAAUAUAUUCGAAACUUGGAAAAGUCUAGUAAUCGUAAUCAGCCACAGAUUGCUACUUUUCUUUGUAUUUUAGCGGAGAUUUAUCGGGAACAAGGUAAAUACGAUGAUGCCUGUGAUCUCCUUAAUCAGGCGAUGUGUAUGUGGGAGAAGACUUUGGGGCCAAAUCAUAUAUUGAUAGCAUCUAGUCUAAAUAAUUUGGCUAUUUUACACGCCCAACUUGGUCAGUACGCUGAGGCUGAAUCAUUAUGUCGACGUGCGCUUGGUAUACGUGAAAAUUUAUUCGGUGCAGAUCAUUUGAGUAUUACAAAUGAGUUGAGCAAUUUGAUUGUGCUUUGUCAAAAUCAAGGCAAAUUCGAAGACGUGGUAACUGCAUAUCGGCGUGCUUUACAAAUAUAUUCAAAACAACACGAACCGCCAUCCCCGGUAAUACGCAAAGCUAAAAAUGAUUUGGCUUCUGUUCUUUUGAAACUUGAAAAUAUAACAGAAGCUGAAUCUCUACUGAAAGCAGUUUUAACACCAGAUCAAUAUAACCACUCGUCAUUACAGCAACAAAGAAACCACCAAGAGAACAACAGCUUAUCACAUUCAGAAAGUGUUGACCAAGAUCCUAUCGCAAUUCAUUCUUUAUCCCAACUUAGUAUCAGUGAUCGUGAAGUAGACACAGGAAGUGUUUCACCGUGUAAUGGUGAUUCAACAAAACCACCUAGCCGAAUGAAUUCAUCUGGGCAACAAGUAGUCGAACCUUUAUGGGUUAUCGUGGAGCAAUAUGUUAAAGAUACUGAUUCUAUCAAUCCACAGUUUUCACUUGUUACAUGGGCGUCAGAAGCAAAAAUAGAACUAUCUAUUGUCCAUAAUGCAGUUCAAAAUUUGUCUAUUGUUUAUCAAAGGCAAGGAUUCCAUUCUCAUGCUAGUUUAUUGCAAGAAUGGCUUCAUGAAGAUGGAAUUACCGAAACUAACUGAGCCUAUAUCACAUUGAAAUCACACAUCUGGGGUGAUUUCAUCAUAAGUUCAAUCUAAAAAGAGUGUCAGCAGUCUUCAGGUAUAUAUAUAUAGGCCUUUCCUUGUGAAAGUAUGCUUAUUUGUUCUCAAUGCAGUAACUAGUUGGGAAAUCAAAUAUCGUUUGUAUAAAUUUGGAGGCUGACAAUAAUAUUAACAAAUUUAUUUUCAACAGUGUUCAUGUAAUGUACAGAAUUCUCAGUGCAAUUUAUUGCCUAGUAGUUUCUCUUUCUCCAGGAUCUUGAAGCAAAAUAGUAACGGAUAGUUAAAUCAGGCGCACAUACACAUUCGAUAUUACUGUGAUAAACAGGAAUCACUUACAGACGGUGGCACAGUGGUUAGGACUCUCGCCGACCAUGCACAUGGUCCG